AUAUGCAUAUGGGUUGUUGUUGUUUUGUGUUUUGUAUGUGGGGUUUGGUGCAUUAAGCCUGGAGCUUUAAUUUUUGACCUGGGUUGAAAAAUGAAUCAAGAAUUCAUUUUUAUUGCUCUUUUGUCAUCUAUUUCUUCAGCUAUAUGUAUAUGGGUUCUUGUUUUUUAAGUAUUUGAAAAAGGAAGCUUUUUGGUGGGGGCAGAAUUGGUUGCUUUGCAGAGGAAGUUUGUGUUUCCUAUUGCUGCUAAAGUUCUUUGAGUUUUGGAUUUGAAAAAGUGCUGUCGUACAGUUUCUGUUGCGUAUAUGAGGAAGCAUUUGGAGAUUCCAAAAGGAAUUAUUAAUAGCCAACUGCAGAUUUUGGAGCUGCAGAAGGUGUGAUUAGUUGGGUUGUGCUACAAGCUCUAAGCUACCAUUGGCCUUAAGGCUUUAAACCAGUUGGUAGCAUCAUGGGCUGUGAAUGUUCUAAAUUUGCCUUGUAUUACUGGACAGGACAGAGUGGCCCCAUUUACGAGGCUCAAAAUCCUGAUGAAGAAAAAGAUGAAGUUAGCGAUUUGCCUGCAUUCCGAGAGUUUACAUUUGAGCAGCUCAGGAUAGCUACAUCUGCAUUUGCUGUAGAGAAUAUAGUUUCGGAACAUGGUGAGAAAGCUCCAAAUGUUGUUUAUAAAGGAAAGCUGGAGAACCAGAGGCCGGUUGCUAUUAAACGCUUCAACAGAUCUGCGUGGCCUGAUACCCGGCAGUUUUUAGAAGAAGCAAGGGCCGUCGGUCAACUCCGCAACAAUAGGUUUGUGAAUCUUCUUGGCUGUUGCUGCGAGGGUGAUGAGAGGUUGCUAGUUGCAGACUUCAUUCCCAAUGAGACACUUGCGAAGCAUCUUUUUCAUUGGGACACACAACCAAUGAAGUGGGCAAUGCGGUUAAGGGUGGCCUUGUAUAUUGCACAGGCUCUUGAGUUUUGUACAAGAGCAGGGCGUGCUCUUUAUCAUGUUACAGGCAAAGGGCUUGCUCUUUAUCAUGAUCUUAAUGCUUAUAGAAUAUUUUUCGAUGAAGAUGGUGAUCCCCGACUCUCUUGUUUUGCUUUGAUGAAGAACAGUCGAGAUGGAAAAAGUUAUAGCACAAACUUGGCAUCUCCUGAAUAUUUGAGAAUGGGAAUAAUCACCCAGGAGAGUGUGAUAUUUAGCUUCGGGACACUUUUGCUUGACCUUCUCAGUGGAAAACACAUCCCUCCUAGCCAUGCACUGGAUCUCAUAAAAGACCGGAAUCUUGAGAUGCUAACUGAUUCUUGCUUGGAAGGUCAAUUUUCUACAGAUGACGGAACUGAAUUGGUGCGGAUUGCUUCAAUAUGUCUUCAAUACGAGCCUGAGCGGCCGGAUUUCAAGUCCUUAGUUGCUGCAUUAUAUCCUCUUCAAAAAGAAGCUGAGGUUCCCUCUCAUGUAUUGAUGGGUAUAUCACGUGAUGGCGAAACUAUGUCUCUGUCUCCACUUGGUGAAGCUUGUUUGAAAACCGACUUGACUGCCAUCCAUGAGAUUUUAGACACGCUUGGGUACAAAGAUGAUGACGGAGCAGCUACUGAGCUUUCAUUUCAGAUGUGGACAGAUCAGAUGCUGGAAACAUUGAACUCAAAGAAAAAGGGUGAUGCUGCUUUCAAGAACAAAGAUUUUAGAGCUGCCAUUGAAUGCUAUACGAAGUUUAUUGAAGUUGGAACCAUGGUUUCACCAACUGUGUACGCUCAUCGGAGUCUGUCUUAUCUCAUGAGUGAUAUGCCACAAGAAGCCCUCAACGAUGCAGUACAAGCACAGGUAAUAUCUCCUGUUUGGCAUAUCACAUCGUAUUUGCAAGCUGCUUCUCUUUUCACAUUGGGGAGGGAAAACGAGGCACUAGUCGCACUUAGAGAGGCUGCCAUACUCGAAGAAGAGAAGAACGCCGCUUCUUGAAAUUGGCGAGUGGAGCUUCAGAAAUCUAGAGACGAUGUCGAUCUGUCACCUACAUGCAUGCAACAACAACAACAUAUGCAGUAUAUUCCCACAAGUGGAAUAUGGGAAGGGUAGUGUGUACGACCCCUACCUAAUGAAGGUAGAGAGGGUCGCCUACAUGCAUGCAAUGGUUAGUAAAUUGUGUUAUAGUUAGAGGGAUUUCUUUUGCAAUAAUUCAGUGACAUUGGUUCCUAAAGAUACAAGAUCUAUGGAAAAAGAUGGAGAGAGAUUAGCAUGUUGUAAUUUAUGUACAGUGAUAUAUGGUUGUUCAACUGAGUUUUUCUUUUUUCUUUCCCUCUUGUGGGCACUGAAUUUAUGUACAGUGAUAUAUGUACAGUAAUUUAUGUACAGUGAUAUAUUAGCAUGUUGUAAUUUA